CUCAAGCUUCUGAUGUGAGGCGCUCACUUCCAUGGUGCCGAGAGAGCAGCCGUUGCUUCCUGCGAGGAUGAACCUGACGGAGUGGGCUGAGGAGGAGUUGGUGGAUCGCUCCAAUUCCUCGGCACGUUUCCCUGCACCCUCUUGGGGCGACAAUGACACUUUUUCCUUCCAAGGGGAUCUCCAGGAGAUAAUCCACACAGCCACCCUGGUCACAUGCACCUUCUUGCUGGCUCUCAUCUUCUGCUUGGGCUGCUACGGCAACCUUAUUGUCUUCUUGUCCUUCUUCGACCCAGCCUUCCGGAAGUUCAGGACCAACUUUGACUUCAUGAUCCUCAACCUCUCCUUCUGCGACCUCUUCAUCUGCGGAGUGACGGCCCCCAUGUUCGCCUUCGCGCUCUUCUUGGACUCGGCGGCCACUCUCCCGGAUGCUUUCUGCUUCAGCUUCCACCUCACCAGCUCCGGCUUCAUCAUCAUGUCCCUCAAGACCGUGGCUGUGAUAGCCCUCCACCGGCUUCGCAUGGUGCUGGGCAAGCAGCCCAACCGGACCGCCUCUUUCCCGUGCACGCUCUUGCUCACCGUGCUCAUGUGGGCCACGAGCUUCACCCUGGCCACCCUGGCCACCCUGCGGACCCAUAACUCCCGCCUCUGCCUUCCCCUCUCCAGCCUGGUCAGUGGCGAGGGGAAGAUCAUCCCCUACCUGUACGUCACCGACUUCGUUUGCUGCGUGACGGUGGUCUCGGUCUCUUACAUCAUGAUCGCCCAGGCCUUGAGGAAGAACGCCCAAGUGCGGAAAUGCCCUCCCGUCAUCACGGUGGACACCUCCAGGCCGCAGCCAUUCAUCCGGCCCCUCGCGGCCGCAGGGUGUGCGGAUGGAGUGCAGUGUGCUGUGCCAGCGCUGUACCGAAACCAGAACUACAGCAAGCUGCAGCACACCCAAACCCACGCCUACCUAAGCCAGCUGCCCCCGCCUCCCGGGAACCGAUUCCAGCUGGUGUCCACUGUGAACUUGUCUGCAGCCAAGGACUCGAAGGCUGUGGUGACCUGCAUUGUGAUUGUCCUUUCUGCUCUGGUUUGCUGCCUCCCCUUGGGCAUUUCCUUGGUGCAGGACAUUUUGUCCACCAGCAGCAGCUUUAUCCUCUACCAGUUUGAACUCUGUGGAUUUACUCUCAUUUUUUUCAAGUCUGGGUUGAAUCCUUUUAUAUAUUCUCGGAACAGCGCUGGCUUACGGAGGAGGGUCCUCUGGUGUCUCCAGUAUUUAGCACUUGUCUUUUUCUGCUGCAAACACAAGACCCGGCUCCGAGCCAUGGGCAAAGGGAGUCUGGAGGCCAACAGAAACAAGUCGUCCCAUCACGAGACCAACUCGGCUUACGUGCUGUCGCCCAAGCCUCAGAAAAAGUUUGUGGACCAAGCCUGUGGCCCCAGCCAUUCUAAAGAGAGUGUGCUGAGCCCCAAGGCGUCUGUUGGCCACCCACACUAUGGAGGCCAGAGCAGUUCCACCCCCAUGAACACCCGCAUCGAACCCUAUUACAGCAUCUAUAACAGCUGCCCCUCCCAGGAGGGGAGCACGGCCAACAGCCUGCAGCCAACCAACUCUCCCUUUGGGUUUGCCCAGUCGUACAUCGCCAUGCAUUAUCACACAGCCAGCGAGCUAAUGCGGGAUGACGACAGCAUCCCUGCUCAACCGAUCCCCGUUCCCUCCGUGUAGCUGCUGGGAUCUCAUGUUCUGCCCCGGUGGUGGCCGGCCUUUACCGACAACGGGCCGGCAGUGGCCUGCAGUGCCACUUUUGCAUGCCUCGUGCAACCUUCUCGCAGCUUGAGGAGGUUAUGACUUGGGUCUGCUGCAUGAGAAAGCGACUGGGAUCCUCGCCUAUUUCUGUCUCAGAGGCAGGCUUCCGAGCUUUCUUGUUCCUGACUGUUAUGCCACUUUUGUUGCAGACCGGCAGCCCAUCUCCUUCCGUCCCCUUCAUUGUUUGUUCUAUUUUGCCUCUUACAAGAUUUGCUCCUAGUCCACACAACGAAAGAAUUUAUUUCCCCCCUGAAUGCCAGCAUACGGACCUGCAUUUUGUCCAAACAGCUGCUGACCCCAGAUCGAUGGGUUUCCAACCAGAUCAGAUAUUAUGCUAUUGUUUCUGUGGUAUGUUCUUGAAAGUGCAUAGUUUUAGCAUUAGCGAAGAAGAACACCUUUUAAAUAUUUCUAGUCCAGACUGUAUAUAUUAUGGGCUCAAUGCAGAACAUUUUUUUAGAAAUAUGGCCGGCAGUGCUUGUUUACUUGUGUCAGUCACAAAGCAUGUACAGUGGCAAGAUGAUUCCUCCACAGACCAGAUGGUGGUGCUUAACUUUCCUGCCAGUGUGUUGUGAGGCAAAAUAAUAAAAUAAAUAAAAGGGGCAUUUCUGUUAUAACUUUUUUAAAAAAUUGCCACCCUGUUGUAGCAGUGGUCGUUUUUCUGCUGACCUUGUGCUGGGAUGACUCAAAGUCUGGAGAACGGGGAGGGAAACCCAGAUGGCAGCUGGAAGUGCUUUGGCAUUGAAAGACCAGAACAAAAAGGGAACAAUUGUUUUUUUUUAAAUCAGGAGUCAGCUCAGGGCUGUUACCUGCAGAAUGCCUCCUCAGAGCACUGCUUCUGUCCUGGAACACCAGGCACUGAAGUUUCUACUCCCCUCAUCAGUUAGUCUGCCUGGAAUUGCCGAUUGCUUUGCUUUGCCUUGAAAUAAUUUCAAAUGCAGUGGGAAAUGGGGAAAAAUUACUGUUCUGAAAGAAAACAAGAUUUUCAUGGAACAACAGUCCUAAAUGUUUGCUAAGGAAUUGAAACAGAGCUUUUGCAAUUCCUAGCAUUCAGAGAGGAUCUUUCUACACCAGUCUUGUAAAUAAAUCUAUCAGAAUUAUCACUCCACUACAUUUUUACAUUAUUAGGCAUGGCAUCUAAAACAUGUAUAGGGCAAUUGUAAUACACAUGAGAGGCAUGAGACGGACAAGCACACUUGCAGUUUAAAAGACUUUGGUGUUUGGUCAUCCAGAAGCACUUGUUUUUCUUGCUGUAGGCAACCAUGGCAGCAGCUCCUUGCAAGUGUGUUUGAUACCCUUGUUGCGCACCUAACAGAACAGUUCCAAUGAUCCAGAUAGAAGAGUCCAAUUAAAGGCAAGAGGAACGAGGAGGUUGAGUCUUAUCACAUGAUGCUGCUGGGGAGGGGAUUGUUUAAUGGUUGGCAAAUUAAGGAGCUAAGUAAGUCUGCCAUAGUAUAUGCAAUAGAGGUGACUAAUUUUAAAAAUGGGUUUAUAGAGCUCCUUAGUGUCCUCUGCAGACAUCAUUUCAGCAAUUUUCACAACAACCUUGCUAGGUAAGUGAGAAUUAAUUAUUCCCAGGUUGUUUAGAAGGCUGAAAAAGUGUGGGAUAGCAAAGAUUGUCAUUGUGUUUAUGAACUGCUGUGAAACACCCAAAGAGCUUUCACUAUUGGAUGGUAUAGAGAUGAUGAUGAUGGUGUAGUGAUGAGGACGACAUUGGUAGAGGUGAGAUAUGAGCCUUGGUUUUCUUAGUUCCUAGUCCAGUUCCCACCCC